ACUACAGGAAGAACAACUAAUGCAGCCAACAAGAAACUUCCUUCGACAUAAAAGUAGCCAAUAAAAAACUUUCUUCUUGAUGAAGUUGCCACCAUGCCACUUUCUUCUUCAUUUCUCAGUGCCUUUUCUGACAAAGACUCCACGCUUGUAGAAUUUCAUAUCCUUUUUCUGUUGACAACAGAUGUAUAGGUACAUUAAUUCCAAAUACGUUCCUCAUAUAUAUAUAUAUAUAUAUAUAUGUAUCCUCCGAUAACAUUGAUAUCAACGACUUUAGUUAAUUAUCUUUUUAAAGCUGUCUCAGCUCGCUCUUCUUAUUCUUAUUGCUCCUAGAAAUCUUCAGCUGAAAGAUACCAUUUAAAUAUAUUAGCUAGAUCUACAUCAAAACACUUUCUUCGUGAACAUUGAAAAUCAGCCGUUUUCUUCUCCUUAUAUAUCUACAGCAGCAACAGCUAGCCACUGCUAAUUGCUAAAGACAGCAUGGAUUCCCAACCAUCAUCAACUCGUUUCGUUGCUUGUAGUGCAUCUGGUGACAUAGACAUGUUCUAUUAUGACAGAUUCCGGGAAAAGGAAGAAGGGAUCUCCAACCACAUUGUUGAUAAUGGAAGUAGUGUCAUGUUGUCCAUGAACCCCAAACUCUAUAGGGCCGUCAGAAGUGGAGACAUUGAAUUGUUCCGUCGACUACAUUUAGAAGACAUGGAUUGUGCUGAUUUAGAACAACAAGUCCCUCAAGGAAAUACAGUGCUUCAUAUUGCUGCACAUUCCGGGAAUGAUCCACUUGUGAAGUGCAUCCUCCAACUCUGCCCAGAUCUCAUUAAGAGUAAAAACACCAACGGCAAUCUCCCUCUUCAUAUAGCUGCCGCUGCUGGUAAUCUUUCCACAGUAGAGAUUUUGGUCUCAGCUGACCAACAACAAUCUGUAUCGCUAAGGGAGAAGGACAGUAAUCAUGACACUGCUUUGCACUUGGCUUUGCAAAAUCGCUACGAAGAGGUUGCUUUUUACUUGUUUGAGGCAGAUCAGGAAGUAACACAUUAUAUGAAUGGGUUUUUUAAGUCUCCUCUCCAUAUUGCAGCUGAGGCUGGAUAUGCUGAGCUUUUUAAGCGCAUGAUGGAGAUAUCAGCUGGAAGUCAUGAUGUACCAGAUGAAGAGUCGAAACAAAGAAUCAUUAUGGCUGCGAUCCAUGGAAAGAAUGGAGGCGUAUUGGAUGUCAUAUUGGAGAAAUGGCCAUCUCUUGUAACACCAGACAACAGCUGUCAAAUCAAUCCUCUUUCGCUUGCAGCAUUCACAGGAUAUCUUGAGGGGGUUCAGAAAAUAUUAGAAAAAUCUAGACACCUCGCAUAUUUACGUCAUGAAAAUGGGUUCUUUACCAUUCAUCAAGCAUCCAAAAAAGGUCACAUCCAGAUAAUCCAGGAGCUUCUCAAGCAUUGUCCCGAUUCAAUAGAAUUGCUCAACAGUAAAAAGCAAAAUAUUCUCCAUGUGGCCGCUAAGUAUGGAAAAUCCAAAACAGUACGCUACAUGCUCAAGAAUCCAGAGUUUGAAAUGCUAAUUAAUAAAAAAGAUUACAAAGGAAACACUCCCUUACACUUGGCUAGUGAAAAGGGGCAUCCGGAAGUUGUGAGCGAUUUGAUAUGGGAUUCAAGAGUUAACUUACAAGUUUUGAAUAUAAAAGGAAGUACAGCUCUAGAUGUUGUUAACAAUUCGGUUUAUCCCUCAUAUCGGAAGCGACUGACAUGGCUAAUCUUGAGGUAUGCUGGUGCACCACAAGGCAAGAAUGCAAGUAUAAUGAAAAGACACUCCCGAAACUAUCCAGACCUUGGACCUUAUGACAACAGAAUCAAUACUUUCAUAUUGGUAGCCAUAUUAGUUGCAACAGUAGCCUUUGCUGCUGGUGUCACAGCGCCAAACAACAUGACGUCUUCUCUAGUUCACAACGCCAUGUUCCAUGUAUUCGUUAUUACUAACACCAUAGCUAUGUACUCCUCCAUUAUUGUUGUGGUUGCUCUCAUUUGGUCGCAGUUGAGUGAUUUUCACCUACUCCGUGCUUCCCUUCAAUUUGCAGUGCCAGUAUUGGGAUUAGCUCUUGCCAUGAUGUCGAUAGCUUUCACGGCAGGUGUUUUUCUGAUAGUGAGAGAAAAUGCUAUGCUUUCCAUUUUUGUAUUGGUGUUUGCAUCAAUUGGAAUCCUCACUAUGUUGGUGCUGUUUACUCCACUUUUUCUCCCAAGCUCUUUGCCCCAUCGGAUCCUACGUUAUGUAUUUUAUUACCCGGUUCUUUUGUUGAUAAAAGUUACCAGAUAGAAGAUGGUGAAGAGUAGUUCAUUUAGGAUUUCUGUUACUUAUUGUCAAGUCCUCAGUUUUCAAACACUUUUUUUUUUUCGUUUUUUCUUUGUUUUUGUUUUUGUUUUUGUUUUUGUUUUUGCUUUUUGUUUUUGUUUUUUUUUUGGUUGGUUGUGUGCGUGUGCUUAUGUUGUUCGAAGAUACUAGAGUACUUUGAUUAAUGCUAUGUUUUUCCUAUUUUAAUUAU